CCAGGCUCGAGGGGCCGCGCCCCAGGCCAGCGCCUGCGGAUGAACGAGCAGGUUCAUCGGUGAUCCCUGGAGCUGCAAGAUAAAGUCUCAUGACUUCUGUCUUUCAAAUUUCCCUGUUCGGGCUUCAUAGAUUCUAUCCUUUACCAAGAACAACAGAAAAUGAACAAAUUCCGGGGACCAGUGACAUUCAAGGAUGUUACUGUGGAAUUCACCCAGGAGGAGUGGCAGUUAUUGGACCCUGCUCAGAGGACCCUGUACAGAGAAGUGAUGCGAGAGAACUACCGUCACCUGGUCUCAGUGGGUUAUUUUGUGAAUAAGCCAAAUGCAGUUUUCAAGUUGAAGCAAGGAAAGGAGCCAUGGAUAUUAGAAGUAGAAUUCCCACGUCGGAAGUACCCUGACCUAUGGAAUAUUCACGACGUAGGAGCAAGACACCAGGAAAGCCAAGCUAAAAAUUCAAGGACUGGAGAACUCACAAAUCAGAGAACUCAUACCAGAGCAGAAAUCUGUACAUGCAGUGAAUGUGGGAAGUCCUUCUGCCAGAAGUCUGCACUUACAGUACAUCAGCACACCCAUACAAAGGACAAACCCAGUGAAGGUGGGAAAUCUGUCUCUAGGAAUAGAGACCUCACAGGACAUCAGAAGACUCACACCAGAGAGAAAGCCUAUGAAUGUAAAGAAUGUAAGAAAACUUUCUACCACCUGUCAUCUCUCAGUAGACAUUUGCGAACUCAUGCAGGGGAGAAACCUUAUGAAUGUGAUCAGUGUGAGAAGACCUUCUACCAGAAGCCACACCUCAUGGAACAUCAGAAAACACACACAGGAGAGAAACCCUUUGAAUGUACUGAAUGUGGGAAGUUCUUCUAUGUUAAGGCAUACCUAAUGGUACAUCAGAAAACACACACAGGGGAGAAACCGUAUGAAUGUCAGGAAUGUGGGAAAUCUUUUUCCCAGAAAUCACACCUUACAGUACAUCAAAGAACACAUACAGGGGAAAAACCCUAUAAAUGUAAGGAAUGUGGGAAAUUCUUCUCUAGAAACUCACACCUCAAAACGCAUCAGAGAACUCAUACUGGAGAGAAGCCCUAUGAAUGUAGUGAAUGUGGGAAAUGCUUCUACCAGAAGUCAGCCCUCACAGUACAUCAGCGAACUCACACAGGAGAGAAACCUUUUGAAUGUAAUAAAUGUGGAAAACACUUUUACUAUAAAUCAGACCUUACUAAACAUCAACGAAAACACACAGGGGAGAAGCCUUAUGAAUGUCAUGAAUGUGGUAAAUCUUUCUCUGUGAAUUCAGUCCUGAGGUUACAUCAAAGGACUCACACUGGAGAGAAACCUUAUGAAUGUAAGGAAUGUGGGAAAUUCUUCUCUCAGAAGUCACAUUUUAUCAUACAUCAGAGAAAACACACAGGGGAGAAACCCUAUGAAUGUCAACAAUGUAAGAAAACUUUUAUCCAGAAAUCAGAACUCACUGCACAUCAGAAGACACACAGAGCAGGAAAGAGCUUAUAAAUAGUAUAAAUUGGAAAAUUCUGUCUGAAUUCACCUUUCAGAAUAAUUAGAUAAUUUACACAAGACAAAAACCUUCAUCAAUAUGGGAAAAUUUAGGCCACGGUCUUUCUUCACAGAGAGGAAAUACACAGAGAAAUUCUGUAAGGGUGAAAUUUUUACCAUAUGUCAGACUUAAAAUCAGACAACAUAGAAGGCAGAAACACUGUAAAUUGUGAACCAUGAAGAAACUUUUGAGAGUCAUACUUUACUGUACAGUACAGAAAUCACACAGGUAAGAGGUCCUGUAAGAGAAAUGGAUUUCAGGAUGUUUCCUGUCAGUGCAGCCUUCCCCAGACCUCCAAAAGCUCACAUGAAUGAGAAACUCCUCUCAGUAUCUUGAUCAUUCAGAAGCCUUUUUAUAGCAGUUAGACUCAUGAGAACACUCAGAGGGGAUAACUGCAAAGAUUGGAACAGAUACAGAAGCCUUUAUCAGAAGUGAUGUUUCAGCAAAUGUCAGAUUAUUGAUACUAGGAUAGAACCUUUAAAUAUAUGAAAGCUUUUAAAAGAAAAUCUGUACUGAGGGAAAUCGUUAUACGACAAGUCAUAUUACAGAGUUCUGCUUGUAAGGUAUUUUUUUAAAGAAAGCUUCAAAUGUCUAGAUACAUGAAGCUUUUGAAAAAUACAAAUAAAUUGAAUAAUUGGACAACAUCAUUAAACACAUGGAGAGUCCUGCUUAUUAUGUAGGACAUGUGUGUGUAUGUGAGUGUGGUAAAAACCACAGACUGUGGGUGUUUGAUGUGUACAUGGAGUCCAUAAUUGUACAUAGGGAAAUAUGUAACAUUGGUUCAGUAGCUUUUAUGUACAUGAAGAUAGUCCACAUUAAGUUUCA